GUGUACAAUUUUUCUUUCUUCACUUUGUUUCUUCAAACUUCCAAGUAAAUGUAAGAAUAAUAUUGCAAUAAUUUUAUAGGCGUAGAAAUCCUAAAAUUGUUAUUACAACAUUUCCAUGUUAUGUAACGAAUAAUAUCGAAAAUGUUUAACAAAGUUUUCCAACGUGCCCUAAAGUUUAGAUUACGAAAGAGUUAUCCGACGAAUAUUUACGAUUUAUCAAAGGGUGCAACUAUAGCUGUGAGGAGACCUUACAGCGAUGAAGUCAAACGGGCCCAGACAGCUAAGGCCAACUCUGGAGCGACGAUAUUUGAUAAAAUAAUAUCGAAAGAAAUAAAGGCCGACAUUAUCUACGAAGACGAAUUGUGUAUAGCUUUCAACGAUAUUUCACCGCAAGCACCGGUUCAUUUCCUCGUAAUACCAAAACGGCGAAUCCCUCGUCUACAGGAUUGCGAAACAGGCGACAAAGAAUUGCUGGGUCAUCUGAUGCUGGUGGCGCGGUCUCUGGGCACUGCUCGAGCACCGGAUGGUUGGAGGCUGGUGGUGAAUAACGGCGUCCACGGCGCACAGAGCGUCUACCACAUCCAUCUCCAUGUUAUGGGCGGUAGACAGAUGAAGUGGCCCCCGGGCUAAGUCAAAA